AUGUCUAACGUAAAAGAAAAUCUCCCCCCUCUCCCCCUCCCUCCCUCCAUCAGGAGUCGAAUUAUCUCCACUUCCGCUCUCAACUUUCACAUCCUUGAAUCGGGCUAUUCCCCAGAUAACUCGCGCCCGCUUAUCAUCCUCCUCCAUGGAUUUCCCGAGAUCGCUUUCUCCUGGCGCAAAGUCCUUCCCCGCCUAGCAGAUGCUGGCUUCUACGCUGUCGCUUUGGAUCAGCGCGGUUUCGGCCGGACCACCGGUUGGGAUACAAGCAGCUACAACGAGGUAGACCUAUCCACCUUUUCGCUGACAUCUCUCGUCCGGGAUGUCGUGAUCCUCGUUCAUGCACUGGGGUAUCGCUCUGUCCGUUGUGUCGUGGGACAUGACUGCGGUGCUGUCUCUGCGGCCAUGUGUGCGCUUAUCCGGCCGGAUUUCUUCCAGAGUGUCACGAUCAUGAGCCAUCCAUUUAAUGGAACCCCUUCUCUUCCAUUCAAUACGGCCAACACAUCAGACGGAGGCCAAAUGAGUGGGAGUAGUGGUGCAGAUGUCCAUAACGAUCUAGCAGCGUUAGGUAGACGUCACUACAAAUGGUACUACUCCACACCAACCGCAAACCACGACAUGACAAGCUUUUCCACCCCAUCAGGCCUCCACGACUUUCUUCGCGGCUACUUCCACCUCAAAAGCGGAUCCUGGAAACACAACAACCCCCAUCCCCUCAAGGCAUGGUCAGCACCAGAACUCACCCAGCUUCCUUACUACUACAUCAUGCCGUUAUCCGCCACCAUGCCCGAAGCCGUAGAACUAGACAUGGCACAAGAGAGCGACGCAGACAAACUCGCCUCCCACGCCUGGCUCUCCGACGACGAUCUAGCAGUCUAUGCCUCUGAGUAUGCACGUACCGGGUUCCAGGGUGGAUUGAACUGGUACCGGGUCCGGACAGCGGCUGGGGGACGGCACAUGCGGGACUACGAUACGUUUGCGGGGAAGAAGAUCGAGGUACCGUGUGCGUUUGUUUCCGGGAAGCAGGAUUGGGGCAAUUAUCAGGAACCCGGGGCGUUGGAGAAGAUGAUGGCGGGGGAGGUCUGUAGUGAUCUUCGGGUGGUGAGGUUGGUUGAUGGGGCUGGACAUUGGACUCCGCAGGAGAGUCCGGAGGUUGUGGUUGAGGUUAUUCUGGAGUUGGUGAAGGGUAUUAACUAA